AUGCCUUACACAGUAGGCCUUCAGGCUGCCGCCAUUGCCCUUCUCUCUGCUGGUAUCCCAACCAUCUUCACUACCGGGAUCAUAUUAUUCUUCUUCAUAUUGUCUAUUUUAUCAUCUGUUCAAAAAGAUGGGCCUGACGCACCCGCGUCGCUACCUGGCCACUCCAUCUUCGCCAUCAUUCCAUUCUUUCGCCGACGCUACGACUUCUUGAACUGGGGCUUCCAAGCCACUGGACAAUCCGCCUUUCAGUUUUCUCUUCUGCGGAACACCGUGGUCGUUGUGUCCGGGGAAUCUGCCAGGCGAACAUUUUUCUCUGCAAAGUCUCUCGACCUCACGGAAGGUUUCAAAAUCUUAUCGGGAGCCAUUCCCAUGGUGCGCGGCGUCACGUCAGAUCUCCAAACAAAGCGCGUUAGUUUGAUCCAUAAACGUUUGGCGUCUGCGCAACGGCACGAACAUUUAAGCACCCUUUUACCCGUUCUUUUGGCUGAUUGUCGAAGAAUGAUGGAGUCUUGGGGAACUUCGGGCGUCUUAGAUCCCUUCGAACGGGUAUACGAGCUCGUCUUCCAGACAACCGUCCGUGCUUUAUCCUGUUCUGAGAUUUCCGACGACCCCGCACUGGUCGCGCGUCUGAAGAACCUUUACGAUAAGUUGGAUACCGGUACCACACCCGCGACUGUCUUGGUCCCCUGGCUACCCACACCCGCUAUGCUUCAAAAAUUAUGGGCAACGAGAGACGUAUAUGACAUCGUCACUGCGGCCAUUGAUGCUCGAGAAAAGAGUGGCAUCGUCAGAAAUGACACGCUCCAAAUGCUCUUGAACGGUAAAGAUGAGAAGCUAGUUGUUGUCGGUUUCAUCAUGGGGUUGCUGAUUGCGGGAGCUCGAGCGACCGGAACGACAGCGUGCUGGAUCGCCACAUUUUUGGGCGGCCAUCCAGAUUGGCGCAUCAAAGCUAAGGCAGAAGUAGAGCUGUUGCUCGAGUCUGCGAGUCUCUCAGUAGGGGAAGACAAGUCGGCAAUCUCUGCUCGCCUUGCCACGAUACCUUUGGAGGCUUGGGAGGGACAGACCCCCGUUUUGGACUCAAUCAUCCGAGAAACCCUCAGGGUUGCCCAACCUCACACAGCAAUGCGACGUAACUUGGGCCCUGAGAUGUAUAUCGAUGGAAGGUUGAUCCCUCAGGAUGCAUAUGUCGUCUACCCGUUCAGCGACGUGCAUUUGGAUCCUGAGAUUUACCCCGACCCUUGGAGGUUCGAUCCUGGCAGGCCGGUCGAGUCAGAUGUUAAGUCUAAUUACAAUUACGUGGGCUGGGGUGGAGGUAAAACAGUCUGUCUCGGGCAACGCCUCGGGAAGAUUGAGCUCAAACUCAUCACCGCCAUGUUCCUCCUAGGUUUUGAACAUCACGUUGUUGACGGCUCUGGAAAGCCCGCGGAUCCUCUACCAACUCCGAACUGGAAUGAUAUUCUUUUUUGUCGCCCACCGCCUGGUUCCUUCGGUUUGAAAUACGAACGAACUAAAGCCACUUUGUGA